CUUCCAUUGGUGCCGACUGUUUGCUAGCCCAACAGCCACUACGCCCCACAUAGCGAUCCAUCGAGGCCGAUCCAUCCACCCAUCCAUCAAUGAAUAGCGCAAUAGUGAGCCAAACAACAGCAAAAAUGGCGGAUGCCAAACGAAGCUACCCGACGACUCCACGAAACGGCCGCCACCAUAGCAUCGACCCCCCGGACUACUACGAUUCCCCGAGCAUGCGUUCGCAGAGGAGGGGGAGAUCAUCGCAAUCGUCCUCCCAGAGUUUCAUUCUAAAGGCGUUUCUGGGGUGCAUCAUUCUCUGCAUCUCCACCACAUCCUUUCUCCAUUUCCAUGAACAGGCAUCUGAGAGGGGAGAUCUGCGUAUCCAUCGGGGACUGGAUCGGUACGUCAUGGAUAUGCCCGACGAAUCAUUGGAAGAUAUGAUGUCGGCUCGUAAAUUGCAAAGACCAAGACCGAAAGCAGGAAAGCCGCAACGCAAGAUCAUCAAACUUGGAACCGACGACGAUGACGAUACCGCCAACACCAACGCCAACAAACAAGGAACCGAUGACGAUGACGAUACCGCCAACACCAACGCCAACAAACAAGGAACCGAUGACGAUCCUUCAAAUGCCAUUGAACCAAAAACUGAUGAUGAUCCUGAAACUGCAAUUCGACCAAAAAUGGAUGACGAUGCCACAAAUGCCAUUGAACCAAAAACCGAUGAUGAUCCUGAAACUGCAAUUCGACCAAAAAUGGAUGACGAUGCCACAAAUGCCAUUGAACCAAAAACCGAUGAUGAUCCUGAAACUGCGAUUCGAUCAAAAAUGGAUGACGAUGCCACAAAUGCCAUUGAACCAAAAACCGAUGAUGAUCCUGAAACUGCGAUUCGACCAAAAAUGGAUGACGAUGCCACAAAUGCCAUAGAACCAAAAACUGAUGAUGAUCCUGAAACUGCGAUUCGACCAAAAAUGGAUGACGAUGCCACAAAUGCCAUAGAACCAAAAACCAAUGACGAUCCUGAAACUACGAUUCGACCAAAAAUGGUUACAAAAACCGAUGAUGAUCCUGAAACUGCGAUUCGAUCAAAAAUGGAUGACGAUGCCACAAAUGCCAUAGAACCAAAAACCGAUGAUGAUCCUGAAACUGCCAUUCAACCAGCAUCAGCCAAGAAAAAACCUUUGAUGGAUGACGACAAUUACGAAGACGACAAUGUAGCAAAUACAGAGAAGGAGGGGGCGGGUACCUAUCCGCCUACCAAAAUCGGCAAGGCCCCCAAACCCCUGAUCCCUCCGACUCCCAAACCCGUGAUCAUCAAGAGCAGCAAAACCCUGAAAAAAUCGGGCAUCGAAAAAACUCCCAAAAAAACUGUGAAGCUGGUUUACGCCACCGCGAAGCCCAAACCUACAGCGGAGCCCACGAUCGCUCCCACGACCGGGGCCACGACGUGGACCACGGAUGCUCCCACCGUCAACCAGCGACCCAUUCGAAAGGCGGCGUGCCUAGCCGAAAAGAUGAAUGACAUGGCGACCAUGGACCCCGAGCGUAUCCAAAAGAAGGCCGUACGGGCGCAGAGAGUGCGGGUCCAGCGGGCCGAGGAAAUGAAGCAAAAAGAAUCUUCGGAAGAGAAGGAAGACGAGUCGGUCCUGAUCAUUGCCUCCGUCCCGGUUGAUGAGCGACACGUCAUUUCCCUUUGGAGCUUGCUAGAGUGUUUUUCGGCCUCCUACAAUCACGUCAUUAUUUCCACCGCAUAUUGGGCCAAAGAAUCAAUGCAGAGAAUCAUCCAGGAAGCCAAGAGCCAGAUUCCGCAUUUUCAAAAUGGCUCUGUGACCAUCGAAUUCAAUUCCUUCGACAACAAAAAAUACGAUGCCGGCCUCUGGUGCGACGUACUCAUGGGCGCCAAGGGACGAUACAAGUCGUAUGGCCUGCUGAACGACAGCAUUUUCGCCAUCCGAGACUUCGCUGGCAUGACCGAACCGCUCGGCAAGAAAAAAGAACCGCAGAACGAAGAAGCCGUGAGGAUGACCUCGCUGAAUUGGCACGAAAAGGGCAAGGAACGAGGACGCUGGUUCGAGUCGGUGUAUCGGGGCUUUGACGAAAAAGGCCUCGAGAUAUACAUGGAGCAUUCGUGCCUCCCCGACGAUUCCCCGGCCUUUUGCCCCAAGGAACUCAACAAGGCCCGAAAGAAACGUUGUAUCACAAACUAUUUCGAGCUGGGAAUGUCGUGGGAAUUUCCAAACAUCGAGCAGCAAAUCCAGGGCAUCUUUCCCGGAACGGUCUCGGAGGAAUUCCGAGCGACGAUCAACAAGUUCCCCACCUGGGUCUGCAACCGGGAGUUCUGGAUGGACGUUCUUCUGCCGAUGGGCUUUCCGGCCGCGAAGGUCAACUGCGAGACGAUGAUCGGCAAGGACCUCCGGGUCGAACCGAUCCUGGACACGUGUCAGGCAUUCCUGGACGAGAGAUUCCUCUGCGACCUGGAUUUUUCCAACGCCGUUCGGCUGAUCCAAUACCCUGAGAUGAACCUCAAGGAGAAGGAGAAGAAGGCGAUGAUCAAGGGAGACGCCAACGCCAAGGUUUCAAACCUGUAACGAAUCCCAGUGGGCAGCCACCCAACCGAACAAAGCACGCACGCGCAACGUUACAAUGAUUUUGGGUUCCAAUGCUCUUGCGGGGCAACCCUUUGUUCGCAAGGAAGGAGCGGUGGCGUGUGCGCAGCUCCCAAACGACGAACGGCAAGCCGAACCGAAAACCUCAGAACGAAGGAGAUAUAAAACAAGCUAGUGGGAAGCGACGGAACCUUCUGCGGAGCAGAACCGUGAUCGAUCGUCACGGAUCCCGUGUCGGUAUCCGACUUAAUCGUUUGGAUUCGUAAGGACCAUAAAUGAUAAAAAAUAGUCAUGUAUUCAUAAUUUCUCGCAUACCUGAGUUUUUUGGUGUGGAAUGAUACUAUUACACUACAUUAUGUUCAUGUUAGAGGUCGGUGCACCUGGAACUAUGAUUUCAGUUUCGAGGGUUCGUUUCUGAUCAUGGUGCUUAGUGGUAUGGGUGUGAGGAGAUGUGAGUACGUACUCUCUUCCCUUGUGCUUCUAACACGAUCAAAGAAUAGAUUGAUCUUUCUACGGCAUUGCGAACAACUGAUUGCUGCGUUGCUAUCGAAUCAAAUGCAAAGAAUGAUGUCUUAUCUCUCAAACACAGCCAUUUUAUGAUGGCGUGGCAAAUGCCGCAUCCACAAGUGCAAAGUGCAAUCAUGUUUUUGUUCUCGUCGCUCGCCGCGUUCGUAAUGCUGCAGCUAUCACCACACUCUUAUUGUCUAAUCAUCAUGUUGCGGUGCGUUAGUCAACGGUAUAGGGAGGGCUUUUCGGCGGUGAUGGUGGCGGCGACGCAGUACCAAAGCCUUCUAUCAUCGGAACCUUGCUGCUCGUUAGUGAUUUUGUUGUUGCCGUCGACACACUUUCGAGAACCAAGAUUCCGUCGCCGUCACAAUCAUCGUCGUGGCUGCUGCUAUCACUGCUAACGCCGGCGUGCUCAUCGUAGUGGCUGUUGCUCUGGUCAAUAUCUAGGCCGAGAUCGCCGCCGUAGCGGCUGGUGCUCCCACUAUCACGGGUUGCAUGGAUCCUGCCGCUGCUUGAACCCCCGGUGCACAGCCGGAUGAGCUUUCGGUGAAUUCGUUCCAUCAUCCUCUUUGCGUCCUUGUUCUCCCCGUUCUUCCCGUCGGGAAUCUCGACCCUAGCCCCCGACAUAAGAAUAUCUGCCCCCAGCUUGGUGUUGUACUUAUCCUCACCGUAAAACCUCGCGUUCAGCCUGUCCCGGCUCUUGCAGAUCCCGCCCUCGAUGCUGACGCCGACAAAGAAUCCCCCCAGGCCCCGGGACAGGCCCGUGUUAGAGGACAGUCCAGCACUCUGAAAGGUCUUGGGACUCGUGAUGUAGGAAGCCCCCGGCCCGAUCUGCUUGCUGAAGCAGGACCCGAUCGACGCCCCGGCCCCGAUUCCGAACAUCAAUCCGCCGUUGUCGGUACCGAUGAUCGAGUUCAGCGUGAAGUAGUCGUAGAUCAGGUAGACAAGGGAUCGAGCCGAGGCCCCAACAAGUACCCCGGCGCCGACUCCAGAAAUCCCCACCGCGACGGGGGCGCUCCAGUUUCCCGUUACGAUGUUGCGGGACAUGACAAUCCCGGUUCCGAAAUAGCCCGAGACCAACGCCAGGCCGGCUUCCCAGACGGUAAAAAAGCCAAUGCCGAGGAGAUCCCGCUCGUCCUCAUCGGAAAAGAGGCUUGCGUACGAGUUGUUCCGGUUGGCCGUGGUGUUAUUGUUGUUGCUGCUGCUGAUGUUGCUAUGAUCCCGGUUGUUCUUUGUGCCAGACUGGCAAUUGUUGUUGUCGUCGUUGGCACUCGUCUCCGUCUCGUUCGUCGCCUGCGCAUUUGUCGUCUCAUUGUGCGGCUUUCCCAACGGGACGUCUCCUGUUUUCGUUUCGGAAAAUUGAUUGCUCUUGGAGUGGAUCGGGCUUCUCGGAACACCGGUGACGCAGCUGCUGCUGAGAAAGGCUUCUGUGAUUUCCGGAUCGUUCAUGACCCACCGGAGCGAUUCGUUGGC